GAGCGGCACGGGAGCCGGCAGCAUGGGCGGCCGCGGCCUGAGCGGCAGUGUCAGCUGGAGGAAGGGACGUGGGGAAUCGGCGCUUGUCGGCGGAUUCAGCCGUGCCGGCCUUAGAAUCGCUGGGAAAGGAGCAGCAGCAGCUGUGGAAGCAGCAGGGAGUGCGGACGACGGUUUGGACUUGGGUGGGGAUGGGGGUGCGGACGGGGAAGCGCCGUUGCUGGAUCCGCUUCUGGACUGGUCGGUGCAGCUGCAGGGGGUGCUAGCCAGGAUGGACGCGCUGCAGACUGGGUACCAGGCAGUAGGAGCGAUGACAGCAGGGGCAGCAGCGACAGCAGGAGUGGCCGGGACGCGGCCAGCGAGGACGGCGGUGAAUCAAUCGGCGGCAGGGACGGAGACGCGGGAGGAAGAGCGAGGAGCCGAAGGGGCAGGCGUAGGAACAGGGCCGCGGGCUUCAGAGUCUAAUUCUGCGCUGCCGUCGUCGUCGCUUCCAAGGCCUAGCAGCUCUCGUAUCCGCUUGGAGCCGCUGGCACACACGUCUGGACUGGCGGGAACGGCUGGGCUAGGGACAGGAGGGACAGCAAUAGAAGGCGUGUCGGGAACUAGCGGUGGUGGGCUGGACAUGGGCCAUGGAGGAACAGCGUCACGGCGGGACAGCGCGGGUGCUUUCGGCUUGGG